UCCAGCCAACCAUGAUGAAGCUGUUUCUCGUGCUGGCAACGGCCGUGACCCUCAGUGUAGCCGAGUUCUCCCUCGACCGUUCUUAUGACACCCUUGUCGACCUGGCCCGCCUCUACCGCAUGCAGAACCUCAACAACUUCGACGAUUACACUGGUGACGAUAUUGACAGCCGCAGCGGUGACUGGGCCGCCACUUACGGUGACGCAAUGUACAAGGACCCCCAGUUUGAGGGCACGCAUCUCCGUGAGCAGGAACACAUUGAACAGAGCUCUCUGUUUGGAUCUCAGUCUAUAACAGGUGGAGCAGCUGGAGGUAAAGCCAAGACGGACAAACCUCUCCCAGCCUACUGCAACCCACCUAACCCCUGCCCCAUCGGAUACAAUGCUAGAGACAACAACUGCGUUGAGCACUUCAACAACACCGCUGAUUACAACCGUGAGCUGAUGGCGAAGCAGGACUGCCCGUGUGACACAGAGCACAUGUUCGCCUGUCCCGAAGGUCGGGGCACCGUCAGCAGCAAAUCCCAGGGUGACAGCGCCGCAAUCAAGCAGGUCAUGGCCGAACUCAACACACUCGGAGCCUCUGAUUUAAACUCCUUCAUGCCUGAUGAGUCCAAGAGAGAGUCACUCGUGGCCAAGAAGUCGCCCGAGCUCAGCCGGAAUAAAAGAUCGGCUGGGGAGUCUCUUCCAAACCCAUAUUUCCAUGGCCAGAAAAUGAGAGUUGUUGCCAAAAAGUCGCCUGUCAUUAAGUACAAGCACCAGUAGAAAAGGAAGCACAACUUGCUCAGUCUUAGUGCUGACUUCCGGUCCUGCGCAACAGCUCUUCUGACCGCAAUGGAUGCAAUUUUAUGUUUACAUUUAUUAAUUAACACAGACCGGUAAGACGCACGUGAAUCAGGCUUAUGGCAACAGUAUUAUAUGUUAAAAAUGCCAACACGGGCAGUGAUGAAUAAAAUCAUCAGCAGGUGUUAUACCUUGUCAGAGAAGUUAUCUUCCUUAGUACAUUUGCUGAUGUAAUCUAAUACUAGGGAGCACCUAAAUUAAAAUGUAAAUAUCCAGUAACAAACAAGUAGGAUACUGUCCAAAAAAUGAGGAUACACCAUCUGUAUGGCUAUUAAAGAACAGUAUCACAACAAAAGGUCAGCUUUUAGUAGAAUUAAAAAGCUGGAAUCGUGUAUCCAUCUAUUUAACAGUUAUUGAACAACGUCCCAACAUUAUCUAUGAAUCAGUGUAGCUAUUCGGGGGAAUCUGAAUAUGUUCCAAACGUUUAUAGGGCUCUUGUGUAGUAUACCAGUCAUGAAUCAUUUGAACACAAUGCAAAUUCAAUUCAAUUACCUUGAAAGAAAUACAACAUUAUGGCAAAGGGAUUUAGAUUGAAAAUCUACCACUUAUUCAUGGUAUUCUCCAUUGUUUUUUUUUGUUUUUUUGUUAAAAUCCUUACAAAAUCGAUAUCUAUGUUAUCGGUUAUUAUCUCCUUCUUUGGUCACGUGAUGAAGGCUGGGCCAUGUGCAAUAUUAAACUUAUUACCCUACAAGCUGUGAUUCGUGUUUGUCAAAGUGAAAUUCAUGUUGUUUGUAUCUUUCAAUACUGAAUUUAAGUUGUGUUCUUUAUCAAUCAAA